UGUCAUACAGAUUCUUUCAUAAAUUCAUUAAGCCAUGGAAUCACUUGAGUAUAUUUUUCUGUUUCUGAAGUAUUUUUUUUGGUAUUUAAAUUUAACAGGCUUAACAAUUCACCCUUUGGUGUGAAAUUAUAGUAGUUAGCGGUAGAGGCAAGGAAGCUUUAAUUUUCAUAGAUAUAUGAUGUAUAUUCAUAGGUAGAAAAGCAGCUGUGCUGCUCUCAAAUGGUCAGUAUUGGUCUGAGUGGGGUAGAGAGAAAUGAAAUUACUUAUAAUUACACAUUUAUGUGAGGAUGCCUUUCUCCCGCUGAUAGAAACAUUGGCUGGAUUUUUAAUUGUAUGUGUGUGUGUAUCUGAAAGCUAGUCCCAUACCUGAUUUUUUUUUUUUUUUUUCCCUUUUUCAUUGCCACUUCCACUAGUCUGAGAUCACAAUAUUGCAACUGUUGCAUUGGGAAUAUAAAGUACAUUUUGCUGGUUUCAUAGGUGUCAGCCUCCAAGUUCAGACUGGUAGUAGCUUGACUUCCUUCUGUUGUCUUUAGGCAGUACCUCUGAAAUAGCCCUGUUGUCUUCAUGAACAGUAUUAGCCAAAUAUUCGUUACCUGGGAUGCUCUUAAUCAUAGCAGGUAGUCAUUAGUCUCAUAAUGCAAAGCUAUCCUAUUCAUUCAGGUUAACAGGGUGAUUUUUGAGUGACCCCUUUCAGAAAAGGCUAUUUCAGUGCAUUGACAGUGGGAUUGACAGUGUACAUAUAUGUGAAGAAAAAAAAGCUGAGGAAGCAUGCCUGUCUUCAUCCUGCUCUAAUAGUCACAUUGCUCCAUAAAUAUCUUCUGUCUUCAUAGACUUCAAACUGACCUAGUAGACUUCAAGAACUAAAAGAUUCCUGUAGACUCUAGGAGUCCUGAAAUGGCAUUUGUAGGAAGAGUAGUACUACUUUUUUUUUGGCCAAGGAGAUGCUAGUUGCACCUUUUAAAUAUGUAAUUUCAAUCAUAGCCUGAGGUUUGUGCUGCAGAAGUCUAGACCAUCAGGGAAGUCAAGAAGCUCUGUUCAGCCUUAAGCAUGUCACAGUGUGUCAGAGCUUGUUGCUUGCCAGUUGCUGGACAGAGUUAAAUGCCAGUGACCUGAUCAGAAUGGAGCUGGCUCUGUUUGCUUUUGGGGAAGGGACUGUCUGAAUUGGCAGCGUUUGCAGCAACAAGGAAUCACUGAAAACAGAACUGGAAUGGACUUGAAGAAGUCCUCUAAUUGGUUGGCCCAUGACACAGUCAGUUAUACCUACAUCAUCCCUGGCAACAGUUCAUUCUGAAAAGCCUCCAGUAGUAGAGAUUCAGCAACCUUCCUAGAUGUUCUUGUGAGGCUGUUUAAUUUUCUAGCUUGAGAAGCAUAAUGGGGACUGCAAUAAGUAAAAAUCCUCUCUCAUUUUUGCAAGAGGCUUCUGAAGGAACGUUAUUUCACAAUAGGCUAUACCUGUGUUAAAGCAUUUCUUCUGUAAAUAUCAUCCAACAAAAUUUUGAUGUAGCUCUGAAAAAGUCUCCACUUUUAGUAUAUUUCUAAUUGGUGUGGUCAGAAGAGUUUCUGUGUCCUUUUCACUCACUUGAUAGAGCAGAAGGAUCAUUUAAGACAAGUCUGCAAUAGGAGCCUACUAUUCCAGAUAUUUCUGACUUAUGUUACUGUGAUUAUAGACAGUUUUCUUCAUGUUGCUUCUCAUUUGGUUAAGAUGAUUUUGAAAUGUUCUACUGUGAAAUAAGUUUUUGUAAAUAUUUGAUCUACUGUUACAGAACCACAGAGAGUUUGUACACAUUGACUCUGCUGUUAGUUUGAUAACCUACAAGCCACUUCGCAAAAAUUUAGUUUUUAGAAAGUUCUAGAACUACUUUGUCAAUAACAAGAAUUGUUGUGCAAAGGCUCCAUCUUAAAUACGGAAAACCAACUUAAAUGCUGUAGACCUUGCAGUACCUGCUGCGUGUGAAAAGUCUGGGGCUAUACAUUCAGUUAUUUAGCUAUCUUACUGACUCUGUCUUGUACAAUGUACCUUGCUUUUUUCCCCACAACUUCGAUAGCAGAGAGAUUAUUUUUCAAAAACUUCAUAAGACUCUAACUACCUGUUAGCAUGCAAAUUUUACUACAUCUUCUUAAGUGUGUCAUGAGUUGCAGGGUCCUGUUUAGGCCUGCAACUUCUUGUUCUUAUACUUGAAUUGAGGUUGGAGGAAUGAAUAUGACUACUCUGACUUCUCAGUUUUUGUACCAGAGUAUAUUUUUACCUGGGGGAAUGAGAAGAAACAUACAGGAGACUGUCUAUAAUCACAGUAACAUAAGUCAAAAAUAUUUGGAAUAGCAGGCUCCUGUUGCAGACUUGUAUUAAAAGAUUUGUGCAAGAGUGAGGCCUCCUUGAGAACUGGUACUCUCUUGUACAGAACUAUUUGUCUGCAUUUCAGUUGUCAUCCUGAGGCUUGCUCUCGCAAAAAGGUGAGGAAAAAGUUCAGAAGACAUUUGUAUGCCUUCUGUGUUGGUAACUAGGAGUCUUAAUUUUCUUGUUUUGUAGUUUUCAUUCUACUGGAGUAAGAAAGGAAAUAUUUUCUUCAAUGUAUGUCUAAUUUUUAUCUGUGUAUAGUUGGCAAUCUAAUCAUGGUGAAGCUGGAGGCCAUCCUUCUAAACAGAAAUGGCCUGGUUGCUAAGUUGCAAGUUACACGUGCUUAUUAGAUGCCCUUUGCCUUUCAGACAGAAAAAAGUGAUAAGUUGAUAUAUUUCAAAUUUCUGAAAUAAUGAAGUAUUUUCAAGUGGGGUUGUGUUGGGGGGGGGGGUGGCAUGUUUGUGUGUUUUUUUUAUUUUGGUCUUUUUUUCUCCCUUUGUUUUUAAUCAGGGUCUGUGGGCAAGGCAGGGUGAUUCCUGGGAUUUAGAGAUCUUUCCAAACAGCCAUUGUAUCUUCAUUUGUAAUUUACCCCCAAAUUAUGGGCAGGAUGAUAAGAGAGAACUGAGGUGUUUUUUUUUGUUUUGAGGUGUUGGGGCUUUUUGACAAUUUUAAGAACUUCCCUGUUUGUUUACACUAGUAAAUUCUAUGAAGUUGAAGAUGGGGCUGAGGGUUGAGGUCAUCACAAAAAUUAUGCUCUUGUUUUUUUAGGAGCAAUUUCAAGGAAAAAUAAGGAAGAGGGCAUCUGAUGGCUACUGUGUACGUCUUGCUGUGUAUUUUUAGGCAAGAACUAUCUUUACUCUGACAGUGAAAGCUUGAUCCUGGUGUGAGCUUUUGGGUAUUACUGACAUUACUGUAAUAUAGCUAAUGGUAAAUAAAAGCUGUAAUGCUGUUUUAAAAUUCUUCACUGGGGAGUUAUGCAGCAUGCAAAGUGUUUUUAAAAGAUCUGAUACUUAAAUGGUCUACAAUAAUGCAAGGCAGAAUAUAUUGAAACCUCACAGUAAUAUUAAGUGGUGACUGUAGAUGCUAUUUUAACUAAUUACAAUAUUUUAAAUAUAGUCUAUGAAGCAACUGGAAUAACUAAAGAAGAUACUCAAAAUAUGUUAAAUGAUACCUUACUUAAGUAUAUAUAGUUGUGGUAGUUUUGUAUAGACUUGGUGGUGUUAUUUUCAGGCAACAGCAGUGAAGGUUUACUUAAAUCUUAACUUUUAAGUUCAAUUUUUUAAAAAGUCAACAAAAAAAGUAUUAGAAGUAGUAUCCUUGGGUACUGAUGUUUCUCCUGAGGAAGUAAUUUUUUUGUGGUAACAUUUUCAUGCUAUGGCUUAGUGUAAUUUUGUACUUAUUUUCUUUAAUUUGCAUUUUUCCUUUCUUCCAUUCCUUUUUGUCUGGUUUGUUGUUGCACAUGCUUUCUCAGUUGGAAGCAUGCUUGUUAUAUUUUGCUUUUUGGUGUUAAAAGAAUAUCAUAAUACACACGUUCCUCUUUUCACCUAAGUCUCACAGGAAAAGACAGGGAAGCAGAAACCUAAUUUAGUACCUGUUUAAUCUGAGUUGAAUCCUUUUAUGUUGCAUUAAGAGCUAUUAAUAGAAUAUAUUGCCACAUUGAAGAAAUCAGUAACACUUUGCAUCAGUAAAACAAAAUACAUUACACUGUGCCACUGUUAAUAAAACUAUUAAUAAAGUACUUAUUGCUCUGGGAGCAAAUUAUUGCUUACUUGACUUCUCUGACUUGUGUGUGUUCUACUCAGUAUAUACUUUCUGAAAUUCCAGACUCUUUUUGUUUUCAUUUAAGUCCUUUUCUCCUGCUGCUUCUGUGUAGCCUUGCUAAUUUGAAAUUUUCAGAGUUCCUGUCUAUUGAAUUAAUGUUUCCAGCUGCCCCUUCUAUCUAGUUAAAGGGUUUUUUCCUGUGACAUAGAAAGCCACUGUCUAUUCUAUACAACACAGUUACUUUACAGCAAAGUAAUCUAGUUGCUUCCCAAAGUUGCUAAGGAAACAACUAGAGGAGGUGGCUGUGUUGGUUUAUGUGUGCCCACCUGGCUUAUUCUUUGUAAAUGUGUUUUUAAAACAAACAAUAAAAAUUGUAGAGUGCGUUCCAGGUCACACAUUUUUCUACACAUAGAUUAUUCAAUAGAUUAUUCAGUUUUUUUCUUCUUAACUGUUGUUUCUUCUGAUUUUAAUAAAUGCCACUUUCAUUGUCUUUCAACUGUGCUUAAGAAGAGACAAUACAAGUGGUCCCUGAACAUGUUGCCUAAUAGUCUGGUCUACUAAUUGAAGUAAAGUCCACUAAUGAAAACAAAAAAUAAUUAGAAACAAGAAUAUACCUGCCAUAUAGAAAAGAGACUAUUUUAUACAUGAUGUUUUGCAGUGAAGUACUUAUACGGCAAGGAUAUUGUCCUUGUAUGUGGAAGAUAUUACGUAGAAUGUAAAGCAUAUAUUCAUAUGAAGGGAAGAAAAUUGAUAGGAUUAAUGUCAGAUUUAAGUAAACAGCUCAAAAAAACUUGUCAUACAAGAAGGCAUAAUGAAAUUCUGUCUGAGAGGUCAAAGUAUGCUGAUAAAGACAAGACUGUGAAAUUGUUAGAACUUUCAAAACAUAUUGAAGAAAAUAUAAAAUGCUAUCAUAAAAGGAGGAAGAAGAAAGUGGGGUUACUGUGCCCAGAAGAGUGAGCCAAAAUUAGGGAGCGUCUAAAAAUAAUUCCAAACUCCAGUCAGUGUUUUCCUUCAGUUUCUGCUGAGGACAGCCAUGGUGAAUACUAAAUGGAAGGUGGGAUGGCUAACUGGAGAGGGAGUUUGGAAGUAGGAAAUUAUUUUUCUGUAAAAAGAGGGGACUGUGUUCAAUCUCAGAACCUGGACGAAUUUGUCCUAUUCAUCCACCACAGAAUUUUGAAAGAAUCUAGAAAUGAGAUUGGAGAUCAGUAGCAGAUUCUCACUGGAACUAAUGACAGAGGUGGUUGAGUAUAACUGUAAAUGCAAUCCUACAUUUAAGAAGGAACAAAGUAAGUAGGGUGUUAGUUGCUCUGACUUCAUCUGACUUCAGCAGCAAUUCAAAGCAAUUUUGAUUAAAAUAAUUUACCUUAAUUAUUGUGAUAACUAAAAAUGAAUGGCAUGCUUAUGUGGUGGUAGAUUGUCUUACGUAUGAGAGCCUUCUUCUAAAAACUUACUUUUAGAAAGAAAAAAAAAUUAGGCACGUAUUGCCUUCCAUACCUUUUUACUGUAAUAACAGUACCUUUUUACUGUAAUAAAAUACCUUUUUACUGUAAUAACAGAAGAAGCACAGAGGCAAAAUACAGAUAGAACAUACAUUUCAAGAUGUAACUUACUCUCUCCUGUCACUUUCUGCCAUUCUUAUUUAUCAUGUCUCACUUGUUAAUAGGACAGUUCUUGUUUGUGGGAAAAUAAUAACGUUGAAAAAGGUGCAUUGAAGAUUCUUGCCUAUCUAAUGUUUAAGUAAAGAUGACCAAGAAUGUCUCAUUUGUUCAAAAAACUAGAAUUUGAUCUUUGUUAAGGUUUUUGCUUGACUGCUUUUUUUUUCCCCAUUUUUAGCUGCCAGACCUAUAUGCCUUUCUGACAUUGCUGCAUCCCAAAUUUUAAUUUAUAUGGACAGAUAUCUGCACAGUGAGAGUUCUGCCUCUAAAUUCUUUAAGAAGAUAAAAUCUAAAGAUGAUUUUAACAAUAAAAAGUGCAGAGGAAAGAGGUCAUUAGGCAUAUAUCAUGCAAGAAUACAGUAAAAAUUAUUUAAAUCAUUAAAUAUUUGUUGCCUCUGAGCCUUUUCCUGUUGUUGUCUCAUUAUUAUUCUCACACUAACAGUAGAAAAGUAAUUUAAGACCUGUAGCUGAUGUUAACACUUGAAAACAUUACUUUAAAACCAUCUGUAUAUAAAUGUCAAGUUUUGAUGGAUUUAGAAGUCUGCAUAAACCAUCCUUUGUGGGAUAAUAACAAUUACUUGCCUUUUUCUCUGUAAGUUGGCUGGCAUGAUGCAAUGGCUUAAUGUGCUUGCAUUUAUACAGAAAGGACAAAAAAGCGCAAAGAAUACUUUAUUUUUAAUUGCCUUUCAGCAAGUGUGUACUUUGGAAUAUUCUAAUGACUUGCUGAAUUGUUACUUAACGAUAGUGUGUAUUACUAUGAAUGUGCAUUCAUGAAAAAGGCAGUGGUGAAAGGAAAGUUUAACCAGCAAUUAUAUUAUUCUGCCUCACAAAUUAAGUGGGAAUUUAGUAUAAAUUGCUGGUAUGAAAUCUCUUAUUCAUCUUACAGGCCUGAUAUCCAUAUCAAUCUGCAUUUAAUAAUUGUUUUUUUUUAUUUAGUUCAGAUUUUUAUUUCUCUUAUUAAACUGCGAGGUCAGUCUGACCUAGUUUAUGUGUAUGUGUAUAUAUAUCUAGCAUGUAUUAUGUAGUCUUUUGGUUCUUCCAUCAUUCAAAAUAUUUUUAAUGCAUUUUGGGGGUAUUGAGUGACUGUGUGUGUUUCUUUAUGGGGGAUAUAUUGCUGGCUAAAUAUUUCUGCCUUGGAAAUAGUUGAGAUAGCAUUAGAUUUUGAGAAUAAACAUUAAAAAGUGACUUUCUGAGAAAUUCAAAAAAGCUUUUCUGAAAUAAGAUUAUCAGGUCAGGGUAUUCUUGCAAUUAGCUUACAUGCCUUCUUCUCCUUGCUGCCACUCAAAUGAAUUACUUUUGCAGUGUUGUCUUUUAAGUAGAUUUCUUGUGAUAUCAGGGACUCUGGUGUUGAGUAUAUCAUGAGUCAUUUGAUUAAAAUAGUGCUACUUAAGAUUUAUUCUCAUCAAAACUGCUGAGAAUCCUCAUCAUUCUGUCAGUCUUUUCAGAUUUCUGAAGAAACAAUUUGUACCGUGGUAAAGCUCUAUGUUGCAAAUUCUUCUAUGAUAACACUGCUAUAGUGUCUAGAGAUUUUCUUACAGCUAUUGCACUUACUGAUAAUUUUCUCCUAUGUUUUAUGUAAAGCUGUAGUAGGUGCUGUUAAUAUACUGCUAGCAUUCUGCCACUUAAGAUGCAUUAUUGUAUGCUUUUAUAAAGUGUUUUUAAAGGUGCGGGUAGCCAAGUGUUAAGAUCUAGGGGCUUUUGUUGAAUUUAGCUUCACUUAAUGUUUUCUAACAUUUCUGAUAAAACUGUUAUCUGGUUACCUAAGGAAACCCCCAUUUCAUGCUCUAGACUGGGCUUUGCAGAGAGGCACAAGGAAGUUCAAUGUCAAGCUCCAGUUGAAAACUGGUAAAAACUAGAGCUGCUCCCUUAAGCAGUUGAAAAAUGCCAGCUAAGGCCGUUCUCCAUACUGGUUUUGUUGUGUGGUAGUAGAAUGCAGAAGUGUUAUCUACUUUUUUGAGAAGUAACUCCUUAAAAAGAUGUAUCAAUAAAUAAUACUUUUUGAAGCAGCAAUUUUAAACCAGUGCUCUGUAGUAAGGGCCUGUUUUUCAGAUGCUAAAAAUAAUUUAACAUUUGAGAUUGGAAAAAUAGAUGAAUAGCAUUAAAAUUGUUCAUAUGCAUAACAGUAUUACUGUGGUCACAUAUUAUGGUCUAUACAGCCUUGGUUUAGAUUACUUAUGUCUGUACACUGUGACAGGAUUUAUGGCCCAUGCCUAUUUUACUAAGGUAAUCUUUUUACAUCUAUGGUUAUCCAUUUCUUGAUGACCUGCUGGUGACUAUUGAGUCAAACUUAAAUAUACUUGAGAUUUCAUAACUGAAGUUGGGGAAUAUGAUAUACUACUGAACAUCUUGAAAAAGUUUGUCGCUGGAUGUCUCACAUUUGUCUCCCAAAAUAGAAAGCCUAUGGAAAAGUGUUCCUAGUAAGGAAGGUAAGCGGCCAUGAUGCUGGAAAGCUGUAUGCCAUGAAAGUACUGAAGAAAGCAACAAUAGUUCAAAAAGCCAAAACAACUGAGCACACAAGGACAGAACGACAAGUGUUGGAGCACAUCAGGCAAUCACCGUUUUUGGUCACGUUACAUUAUGCCUUCCAGACGGAUACAAAGCUUCAUCUCAUUUUAGACUAUAUAAAUGGAGGAGAAUUGUUUACUCAUCUUUCACACAGAGAGAGAUUCUCAGAAAAUGAGGUGCAAGUUUACAUUGGAGAAAUCGUUUUGGCACUUGAACAUCUCCACAAGUUGGGGAUUAUAUAUCGGGAUAUAAAACUUGAGAAUAUUCUCCUCGAUUCUGAUGGCCAUGUGGUGCUGACAGACUUUGGUCUGAGUAAGGAGUUUCUCACUGAUGAGAAUGAAAGAGCGUAUUCCUUCUGUGGAACGAUAGAAUACAUGGCUCCAGAUAUCGUAAGAGGAGGAGAUGCAGGACAUGAUAAGGCUGUUGAUUGGUGGAGUGUUGGUGUUCUUAUGUAUGAAUUACUAACUGGAGCAUCACCAUUUACGGUUGAUGGAGAGAAGAAUUCCCAAGCAGAGAUUUCUAGGAGGAUAUUGAAAAGUGAGCCACCUUAUCCACAAGAAAUGAGUGCACUGUCUAAGGAUAUAAUUCAACGUCUCUUGAUGAAAGACCCCAAGAAGAGGCUAGGUUGUGGUCCCACUGAUGCUGAUGAAAUCAAACAGCAUCCCUUUUUCCAGAAUAUGAAUUGGGACGAUUUAGCUGCCAAAAAAGUACCAGCUCCUUUUAAACCAGUAAUCAGAGAUGAGUUGGAUGUCAGUAAUUUUGCAGAAGAGUUUACAGAAAUGGAUCCAACAUAUUCUCCUGCAGCAACCCCUGAGACUUCAGAAAGAAUAUUUCAGGGGUAUUCUUUCGUUGCACCUUCUAUUUUGUUUAAACGCAAUGCAGCUACAGUAGAUCCUCUUCAGUUUUAUAUGGGGGAUGAACGACCUGGAACUACAACUAUUGCCAGAAGUGCUAUGAUGAAGGACUCUCCAUUUUAUCAUCAUUAUGAACUGGAUCUGAAAGAGAAACCAUUGGGAGAAGGAAGUUUUUCCAUUUGUCGAAAGUGCUUACACAAGAAAACUAGCCAAGAGUAUGCAGUAAAAAUAAUUAGCAAAAGAAUGGAAGCCAACACCCAGAGAGAAAUAACAGCUCUGAAACUCUGCGAAGCACAUCCGAAUGUCGUGAAGUUACAUGAAGUUUUUCAUGACCAGCUUCACACAUUUCUAGUAAUGGAAUUGCUGAAAGGAGGAGAAUUGCUUGAGCGCAUUCAGAAAAAGAAACAUUUCAGUGAGACUGAAGCCAGUCAUAUUAUGCGCAGACUUGUUUCAGCAGUGAGCCAUAUGCACGAUGUAGGAGUAGUCCACAGAGAUCUGAAACCUGAGAAUUUGUUGUUUACAGAUGAAACUGAUAAUUCAGAAAUAAAAAUAAUUGAUUUUGGCUUUGCUCGUUUAAAACCACCUGAUAAUCAGCCUCUUAAGACUCCAUGUUUUACUCUGCAUUAUGCUGCCCCAGAGCUCUUGAAUCACAAUGGUUAUGAUGAAUCUUGUGAUCUUUGGAGUUUGGGAGUCAUUUUGUACACAAUGCUGUCAGGACAGGUACCAUUUCAGUCUCAAGACAAAAGUUUAACGUGUACCAGUGCUUUGGAAAUUAUGAAGAAAAUUAAAAAGGGAGAAUUUUCCUUUGAAGGAGAAGCUUGGAAAAAUGUUUCUGAAGAGGCUAAAGAGUUAAUUCAGGGACUCCUAACAGUGGAUCCAAACAAAAGAAUUAAAAUGUCCAGCCUGAGAUACAAUGAAUGGCUGCAGGAUGGCAGCCAGCUGUCAUCCAACCCUCUCAUGACUCCUGAUAACUUAGGCUCUUCAGGAGCUGCGGUGCACACGUACGUCAAAGCCACUUUUCAUGCCUUUAACAAGUACAAAAGGGAAGGAUUUUGUCUCCAGAAUGUUGACAAGGCACCUCUUGCAAAGAGAAGGAAAAUGAAAAAAACAAGUACAAGCACAGAGACACGUAGCAGCUCCAGUGAAAGUUCACAUUCUUCUUCCUCUCAUUCUCACGGUAAAACUACACCUACAAAGACACUGCAGCCAACAAACCCUGCGGACAGCAAUAACCCAGAAACCAUCUUCCAAUUCUCUGACUGAAAAGCAGAGAAUAUCCUGUCUUGAAGAUUUAAGUGGUUAUAAACUUGGUAGUACCUGUAUUGUUGUCUCGCACCCUUGUUCUCUGUAGCUUACAGGCUACAGGAAUGUCUGUCGCUUUAAAAAUGUAUUUCAAUCAUAACUUUUUAGCUUUAUAUUUCGGAACAUUUCUUUUUAGCGUUAAGUUUGGUAUCACUGGAUAUGGUAUAAUACUAUUAUACAACCAACAUUAUACUCUCUUAGGGCUAAAUUACUAGUGUGCAGUCAAGCUCAAGGUAAGGAGCUAUGCUGCUCAUGGUACAGUGUGGAGGAAGACUGUUUCACAGUGUCAGAAUCUUCUUCGUGGUUUCUUCCCCACCGUUCAAAGAAAGGAAAGCUUUCUAACACAUACAGAUCUAUUGGAUCUUCUGGUUUUACCCAGCUGCAUGAAGAAUGUCAUAGAAUUUGAUUCGUCAUGUGUGUAAGGAAUCGUUGGUACAAUGCACCAAAGCGGUAUAGUAUUUUAAGGCCUUUUAAAUUUGUGGUCAUGUUCUCUUCAAUUUAUUUGAAUUUUAAGAGAAAUUGAAAUUUCAUAUUGAAUGCUUCGGCAAAUGAUCACGUUAAAAUAUCUAAAGAAUUAAUUAUAACUUAUAUUUUCUUUUUAUAUUUACACAAUAACUUGAAAAUACGAAGAUUUUUUUGAAGAUGCAAGAACUCCAGUUUCAACAUUUGUUAUUAUAGGGUCCAUACCAAAUGUAUACCACGUUAUUUGAAUUUUGCAUCGUGCAAAUACGGCAGUUUAAUAUUGACUGUAAAAUAUUAGGAUAUAUGUUUUCUUUUUUGCACUUUAUAACAUCAAAAGGAGAUGUUUUCUAAUAAAGUGCACUCAGAUCUCUUUUCCUACAAGGUGCUGAGCACUGUUUUACUGGGUUGAAUGACCUGAAAUCCACCGUAUUUGGUGGCUGUGGUUGUUGUGAAGGAGAAUUCUGUACUUUGCGGGAGUGAAUCCCUGUAUAUUACCCACUGUUUUCAUUCCUUACUUUAACCUGCAAAGCUCUUUCUAUCUUGCUUAUACAUUGUAUAUAACAAAUACUAGACCUGGGCACCUUGUGUAGUGUAGAUGUUAACAACUUAUGCACUGGGAAUACUAAAGGGAAAUUAUAUCAAACACUGUGCUUCACAACUUGUUCACUGUGGUGUUCUACAGUGAAGUAUUUCCUACUGUGAUAGUAUAGUAUGUACAUAACUGUUUGGAAUCAUAAAUGUGACUUACGGAAACAUCAGCAUAAACUUUUAAAUCAGCAUAUUUUAUAAAUUUAUGGAGAGCUCUUUUAUUGCUCGUAUUCUCAAUGACUAGGGGUAACUUAAGUGCUAAAGCUGACUCCAGUUUUGCAAAUGCUUACAUCUGUAAGUUCCCACUGAGGUCAGAGACUCCUUGUGUAAAGUUAAUCCUAUGCCUAAAUUUGUGUGGUGGAAGACUAAUUGACUAAGGGAUUUUAUUAAGAGCUUGCUGUAUCCUAAAGUAACCUCCAAACCCUAUGCAAAAAAGUUGUAGGAAUUGUUUAUAUCAGUGGUUUUAUUUAUAGACUUGUAUCAGAUAUCAGUAUUGACAAAUACAAUACAUCCAUGUUUACAGGGAUCAUGUGUAUCAAAACAAGGCUUUAAAGCCCAACAUGUUUGUUCUGUGUUUCUUUAAUAUUAAUAAUGGCAUUCUGAGGUUUUGGAAUUGCUCAUGUGAAAUAGUUUACUAUUUUCUUGAUGUGAAUGUCAACAGUAAUUGCAGCAUUAAUUUCAGGUUGAUGUGAAUAUUGAGAUUUGCACUGUUUAUGUAGAAGUAGUAUAUUUAAAGAUCAGUAUAUGUAAUAAUAACACAACCGAUUUUAAGUGGCUGAUGUUAAAAUAUUGAAAAGUAAUUGUCAGUGUAAUAUAUUCAGGUUUGCUUUCUGAAUGCUCUCUUUGGAAGUAAUCUCAAUAGUCAACAUGGCUCAUUUGUAAAAGAAUACUGUCCCUCUCCCCAAUAAACUUGCUGUAAAUACAACGAACAAUCCACCAUUAAUACUUGUUAUGCAGACAGUACUAGUAAAUUCGGAGGCUGGAGAACAGGUUACUUGUAAAGUUUGCACUUUGAGGAGCUUUUGGAAUUUGUUGUCUUCAGGACAACAGAACAGCAGUUUUUGGUUUGAUUUUGUUUAAGUGUAAGGAACUUUUGGAUAGCAGGUAGAUUUGGAGUAUUGUGACCCAGCUGAAAUAACUUCUUAUUAGGAUCACAGUACAGUUAUUUCCCUGUUGGGAAAUUAAACCUGGUGCUUGACAAACUGAUAAAACAACAAAAAAAGAAUGCACAAGAUGCUAAAUGCUAGAGGUAAUGUCAGAGGUUUUUUUCACACAGGUUUUGAGACUGUUGUGAGACUAAGAUUAUUAGAAUACAUCACUUGUAUCAAAGACGAGUUUUAUAGAUGAAUGUUUCUGUGUCCUCCUUGUGCUCUAACAGGAGUUAUUAAAUAAAAAUCUAAAACCAGGGUAAUUCUUUUUGUCAGGGGUAAGUAUAUUUAGGUGUCGCCUUGCAUUUGCUUUGAAUCAGUUACCUGAGGUAGCUGAAAUGUUUAUCACCUCUGACUUUGUUCCGCCUCCAGGUAACAACUCUUGAGGAGGUGUGUUUGACACUAAGCUGUCUGAAUUUUUGGAUUACCAUCUUUACAUAAGCAGCUGCUGAUCUCCAUUUACGUUAGUAAAACUGAAUUGCAAACUAGGCAGCUCAAGAGCGGGUUCACUUCUUGAUCAGACGUCCCUGCAGGAGAAUAAUUACUCUUGGCAGAACUGUGUUGUCUCAGCUUCACCUAUUGCCCAGCCUUGCACUUUAGGUCAUACAAAGACCAUGGGCCAAAUUUUUCACAACUGUUUCAAAUCUGAAGUGUACAAGCCAGUCUUCAUUAGUACUAUAAAUACUUCAUAUUGCCUUGGUAAAUAGGUGUUAAACUGUAAAUUAUGUUUAUACUCAGAUUAAAUUUCCUUCACAGUGCUGCUAUGCGUCAAGCAACUUUAGUGUCUAGUAAUGGUAUCUCUCUACUGUCAGAAAUGUAAUGCAGUCAGCAACAUUGUGGGCAGGUUUGUUUGAAAAAUCGAAUUUCUUAUCAGUAAAGAUUUCAAUAACUAGUGUGGCUAUUAAUCUAAUCUUUAAAGUACUUGAUAUUCUGUAAAGCAAUUUCUUUGUAAUACUUUUAGAAACAUAAAUAUUAGUAAUUAAGAAGUAAUUCUGCUAAAGGGUUUAAAGGAAUACAAAGGAAGUAACAUGACUUACUGUUCCUCUGACUAAGUGAAAUUUCUACGCUUUUAUAUAAGUAAAAGCAGCUGAAAUAUUUAUUGUUUCUUAAUAGAAGGGGCAGUGCAUUUGGCAUAUGUAUUGUUUACUGCCAUGAGAAACGCUUCACUAAAAUGCUUUACUAAACAGUUUGGGGUAGGUAACAUAAAAAUACCUUAUUGCAUCAGCAGGGAUUGAGACUUUGAGUUGGCAUUGCUGAUGUAUGUGUUUUCUCAGCCCUUUUCCAUGGCUGCUUUUCUGAACAACAUAAUGACACAUGCACAACCAUGUUCCCUAAUGCUCAUCCAGGAACAGAACAAUUCUUGGUAGAAAAUAUACACAGAAUGAUGAUGUAUGUUUAUUGGUUGUGAAGUGUUGCACAAGUGUCUUACAUUUUUAAUAUGUGCAUGUAUUAUGUGCAUGUAUGUAGAUACAUGCUGUAUUGCAUGUCAACUUACAGUAAUAUGCCUUGUUUAAGAGAACCUGUACUUAAAAAUGAGUUCUUGACUCACACAGAUUCAGAGGACCAGACAAGGGGGCUACCACAGAAGAAGGUGGUUAUGGGAAGCCAGAGAUGAGAGGCUUCUGGGAAAAUGAUUUCAGGGGUAAAUUUCUCCCCUUGCUAUCUCCAUGUGUAUUUAUUAUUUGCUGACACCAGAUUGCAAACUUUCUUGCCAGUUACCCAGCAUAAAAACAUUUCCUAACUCUGCAGGUCUGUGAGUAUCUGUGUGUGUCUACACACAUAUGUGUAUCUUUAUGUGACAUUUUGGUCUUCAGUUGUAAUUUUUUGUUAUUCCCCAAGUAUCGUUUCAGGUGUUUUUACCAAGCUGGUGGUCUUCAUUCUUUUUCCCCCAUAUGUGACAGUCUUUCUCAGCACUGAUUUUUACGUUGUGAAACAUGACAUUGCCUUCGGUUGAGGUAGUUGACUGAGUAGUCUGGAUUGAGAGAACAAGAAAUGACGUGGCUGUGUCUGCUGUAAAGAGAUAAAAGUUCUUUGGUCUUUUUUGUCUGCCUGUGAGAAACACUUCUCAAUUUGCUCCUUUGACCCAUAGGGCACUGGAUUAUGUAAAAAGUAAGAAAUGCAGAGCUGUUGGCUAGCUCUCGCCUGCCAUCCCACAUUUUUAUAUAUCACUUGUUCAAUAGAUUCUGGAUGUUCAGAACACCUGUGUUGAAAAGAAAACUGAGGAUGAUUCCUGUAGUCUGCACUCAUAAAUAAAGUGAUGCUUUCAAUUACAUAGA